UUGACAUCAACUCGCACUGACACGCAUACACCGGCCAGCUCGGCUUAUUAAUAUUAUUAUUAUAUAUCCACACGUCGCCGGGUCGUACCCGCAGCCGGUGGCGCUAGUAUAUGAUCGGCCGUUUGUUCGGUAACUUGUCGCAGAAGGUCCCGAGCUUGCUGUACCGGGUGUCGCUGGUGAUGAAGCCGCAGGUUGUGUUCGUGCUGGGCGGGCCUGGCGCCGGCAAAGGAACCCAGUGCUCCAAAAUCGUGGAGAGUUAUGGCUACACCCAUUUGUCAGCUGGGGAUUUACUCAGGGAAGAGCGAGCCAGAGAAGGGUCAGAGUUUGGACAGCUCAUUGCCAACUACAUCAAAGAGGGCAAAAUCGUCCCAGUGGAGAUCACCAUCAACUUACUCAGGAAGGCCAUGGAAGCGACGAUGAAGGAAAAUGAGAAUAAGUUCCGGUUUCUCAUCGAUGGUUUCCCCCGAAACGAGGACAACCUUCAGGGGUGGAAUAGUGUCAUGGAUGGAAAAGCUGAUGUUAAAUUUGUGCUUUUCUUUGACUGCAGCAAUGAGGUUUGCAUCAACAGAUGUCUAGAAAGAGGAAAGAGCAGUGGACGCACAGAUGACAACAGGGAGAGCCUGGAGAAAAGAAUCCAAACCUACCUGCAGUCUACACGACCAAUCAUUGACCUGUAUGAGAAACAAGGCAAGGUGCGCACUAUAGAUGCUUCUCGCUCAGUGGAUGAGGUGUUCGCUGAUGUAAAAGCCAUCCUAGACAAAGAGGGUUGAGUUUCGCCAACUGCCAACAUUCAUUUAUCUUUUAUUUUUCUUUUUAUCAACUGCAUUUACACUAUAAUAAGUUUAUAUGUUCAUUCAUAUGACUUUUUACAUUUGGUUAAUUUUGACUUCGUGUCUUUUGUAAACGCUGUACUGUUUAUUUGUGAGGAUGUAAAAUGUGUAUGAAUGUGGAGGUAGCAAUGCCAAGCGGCUACUUGUGAUGAACUAGUUAUUAUUCAGAAGAGCUCACAGUGUAGUCUUUCCUCAUAGUCUGAGGCCUCAGCUUAGAGACACACUUCUUUUGUCAAAGGCACUUGCAGCACUGAAAGUCUAAGAAAAACUGUACGUAUUACCAAUGUUUUCAGGGUCACUGGUAGAAGCCAUCUCGCUCUUGAUAAAAAUGUUUGAUCUGAUGACAAGGAAGGAGUUAAGUCUGUACUGAACCACAUAUAGCCUCUCUGCCAUCCAAAUAAAAUGAAUACAACAUCCA